GCCGCCUAAAGGAAUAGCGAGUGGGCGGCGAGCGCGCGGCUAUCUGGGUCUCGCCGAAAGCGCACUGCGGGCGCGCAUGUUGCAUUUGUGCAGGGCCCGCGCAGUCAAAAGUCAGCGCGGGUGGACCUGUGAGCAACGGGAGUUGCAAAGCGGAGGACGGACAACGCGGGACAGAGCCUGGGCAGUGGUGCCGCACUGCGCUUGCACACGGCCUGGAAGCGGAGAAAGGGGGUUGUGGGCGAGCAGUGCGACGAGGGCUCGUUGCGCCCGUUUGCUAUAAAAAGUGAGCGCUCGCGCCUUGAAAACCACGCCAGAGGAGAUUUCCUUCUCACCACUCCACCCGCUGCGACACAGCUCAUCGUUUCGUGCCUCUGCUGCCUCUGCUUCCUCUGCUUCCCGUG